UUUUUAGAUCGUUCCAGAAGCGCAGUUCCUUUCCCAUCCGCGGCCGCUGACACGAGCCACUCAGACCCCGAACCGCGGCUACACUCUCGGCUCUCAGCCCGCUACCCCCGCACCGUUCCGGGAACACCAUCGCCUGCCCGACCGCCUCGCAUUUUAACGCCGUUUUGUGCGGAUUUUCCCCACGUUUAGUGACUUCUGCGUCCUGCCCGAUCCGCGUCACCACCAUGCUGAGCGCAGCCAGAUCCGUGUCAAGGACUCUCCCCACGGUCAACUCCGUCCGAAGCGUGUCCUCCCUCGUCAAGAAGGCCUGUUGGAGCAGCUUCCAUCCAGAUGCAUCCAGAGUUCUGUCCAGAAGAGACUAUGCGUCAGAGGCCAUCCGCGGCUCGGUCAUCGGCAUUGACCUGGGCACCACCAACUCCUGUGUGGCCGUCAUGGAGGGCAAACAGGCCAAGGUGUUGGAGAACGCAGAGGGCGCCCGCACCACCCCGUCCGUGGUGGCCUUCACCGCAGAGGGAGAGCGUCUGGUGGGCAUGCCCGCCAAGCGCCAGGCCGUCACCAACCCCCAGAACACACUGUACGCCACCAAGAGGCUGAUCGGCCGCAGAUACGACGACCCCGAGGUGCAGAAGGACCUGAAGAAUGUGCCGUACAAAAUCGUGCGUGCGUCCAACGGGGAUGCCUGGGUGGAGGCUCACGGGAAAAUGUACUCCCCCAGUCAGGCCGGGGCCUUUGUGCUCAUGAAGAUGAAGGAGACGGCAGAGAGUUACCUCGGCACUAGUGUGAAGAACGCGGUCAUCACUGUGCCCGCCUACUUCAACGACUCCCAGAGACAGGCGACCAAAGACGCGGGUCAGAUCGCCGGACUGAACGUCCUCCGCGUGAUCAACGAGCCCACUGCCGCCGCUCUGGCCUACGGACUCGACAAGACCCAGGACAAAAUCAUCGCUGUGUACGAUCUGGGCGGGGGCACGUUUGAUAUUUCCGUCCUGGAGAUCCAGAAGGGCGUGUUCGAGGUCAAGUCCACAAACGGAGACACGUUCCUGGGAGGAGAGGACUUCGACCAGCACCUGCUCCGCCACAUCGUCAAGGAGUUUAAGAGAGAGACUGGGGUGGACCUGCUGAAGGACAACAUGGCUCUGCAGAGGGUCCGAGAGGCUGCAGAGAAGGCCAAGUGUGAGCUGUCCUCCUCCCUCCAGACCGACAUCAACCUGCCGUACCUGACCAUGGACGCGUCGGGGCCCAAGCACCUGAACAUGAAGCUGACCCGCGCCCAGUUCGAGAGCAUCGUGGCCGACCUGAUCCGGCGCACCGUGGCCCCGUGUCAGAAGGCCAUGCAGGACGCCGAGGUGUCCAAGGGAGACAUCGGAGAGGUGCUGCUGGUCGGAGGCAUGUCCAGGAUGCCCAAGGUCCAGCAGACGGUCCAGGACCUGUUCGGCCGAGCCCCCAGUAAGUCUGUGAACCCCGACGAGGCGGUGGCCAUCGGGGCGGCCAUCCAGGGCGGUGUGCUGGCCGGGGACGUGACGGACGUGCUGCUGCUGGACGUCACCCCUCUGUCCCUGGGCAUCGAGACUCUGGGAGGGGUCUUCACCAAGCUCAUCAACCGCAACACCACCAUCCCCACCAAGAAGAGCCAGGUGUUCUCGACGGCAGCGGACGGCCAGACGCAGGUGGAGAUUAAGGUGUGCCAGGGCGAGAGGGAGAUGGCCGCAGACAACAAGGUCCUGGGGCAGUUCACUCUGGUGGGCAUCCCCCCUGCUCCCAGAGGAGUGCCCCAGAUCGAGGUCACCUUCGACAUCGACGCCAACGGCAUCGUGCACGUGUCCGCCAAAGACAAGGGCACGGGCCGCGAGCAGCAGAUUGUGAUCCAGUCGUCUGGAGGUCUGAGCAAAGACGACAUUGAGAACAUGAUCAAGAACGCCGAGAAGUAUGCCGAGGAGGACCGCAGGAGGAAGGACCGAGUGGAGGCUGUGAACACGGCCGAGGGCAUCAUCCACGACACAGAAUCCAAGAUGGAGGAGUUCAAAGACCAGCUCCCCGCAGACGAGUGCGCCAAGCUCAAGGAGGAGAUCACCAAAGUACGAGACCUUCUGACCAACAAAGACUCUGAGACCGGCGAGAACAUCAAGCAGGCGGCGUCCAACCUGCAGCAGGCCUCGCUCAAACUCUUCGAGAUGGCCUACAAGAAGAUGGCGGCAGAGCGCGACAGCAGCAGCGGCUCCUCCAGCUCCGGCUCGACGGAAGGAGAGAAGAAGGAAGGCCAGCAGUAACCUUUUGAACUUUGUCUGGCUGUUUCCAAGACAACGGGACUGCGGGCCGGCUGGGGUUUGGCGCGAGGAGCAAGAAUCAUCAUAAUAUAAUACAUAAGAGACUGAACAAAUCCCACGUGUGCUCCCGCGUCCGUCAUAGGCUCUAAUUUAAAUUUCUACAUUCUGCCGAGGGGUCACACCGUCUCAUCAUGUACAUUUAUAUUUGUUUAGUGUUUUCUACAACGGCUCGUUCAGCUUUUACGUACCGGGGUGGGCGAUCUAAUGCACAACGCAGUUCUAAUCUUAAAAACACUUCUCGGGAGUCGGUGCUUUUUUGUUCGUCAUAGUUCUACGCUCUCAAACUUUCCACGUCCACUCACAUUGGUUAUGAGUGAUUGACGGGUGAGUUUGUCCAAUCACAAUGAAGUCUGAAGAAACUUUAAGCUUUUAUUUCUUGUAGAAGAUACUAUAAAGCCAAGGGUUCACGAAUGGAAAAAAAUUGUCGCCCACCCCAACCUGACUCCACGAAGAAGUGCCCAAAAACAACUCGCUGGAUGUAAAACUUCAAAUGAUUAAAAAAUUAAAAAAAGGUUAAUUUAAGGGUUGGGGGCUACGGGAAACUCGUCGGGAUUGGAAUUGCAUAAUAAGACUGAUUCAUAUGUUCUGGUUUUAAGCAAAGUUAUUGGCCUUUUUGUAAUUUAUUUCUGAUUUCAAGGACAGAGUUUUUGUUUGGUGUAAGAAAAAUACGUUUCGAAGCAAGUCCAAAAGCGCCUGCAAUAACUUCAACGUCUAACUACAAACGUCAGGAGUCUCGAGUUCCUGAUAUUUUCACCGCUCUAGCUGUUCCUUCACGAUGACCUAUUUAAUCUUCUGUCUAUGUUCUGCUCAGAAAUGAAAGCAUAUGAUGUACAAACUGUAUAAUAGUUGCAUUAUAAGGAUUCCUAGGACACAGUGGAGGUUCAGGUUGGCGCGGUCGGGUCCUGAUGACGAGCUGAUAUUUGGGUCUCAUUGUAAACUGCAGACGGGGUGUUAAUUUUCAAUGUGUGAUUAUAGUCAAGAGAACUGUUGCUGUCUUUUCUAAUAAAAUGUGAAAUGUCGUAGA